AUGGAUGCUUCGGAUAUUUACUAUGACGGUGCACGCUUCCAGCUGCAGCCACCGGAUGAAUAUGACUACAAUCCUUCCUGUCGUUACAGCUCCGGCCAGGUGCACAUACCCGUGCCACCGUGCCCUACGGAAGACCUUCGCAGCAAGGGGUCUGCGCUGCUCUACAGUCUACCUCCAUGCCAGUACCUGACCCCAAGUCAGAAUCAUCCCCAGGAGGACCCACCCGACUCGGGCAGCGGGGGGCACUACCCUGCGGGGCAAGAGGGGCAGGGCAGCCGGGGUGGCCAGGGGGAGGCGCCGUUCCCCUGGAUGAAGAGCUCCAGGGUUAGGCCUUACCCGUCACUUCCUGGGUUCAACUCGCAGAAUCCGGACGAGCACAAGCGGAGCCGCACGUCAUACAGCCGCGCACAACUUCUGGAGCUAGAGAAGGAGUUCCUCUUCAACAAGUAUAUCUCGAGGCCCCGCAGAUAUGAACUAGCAACCACCCUUAACCUUACCGAGAGACACGUCAAAAUCUGGUUCCAGAACCGUCGGAUGAAGUGGAAAAAAGAAGAACCGAAAAUAAGAAAGGCCUCACGUCCCGGAACGGAACCGAGCACUCACCACCAACAUAACGUUUGAACAGAAAACAAUUUGUUUACCGAUGAUAUUCAGCCAUGGGCUGUCCAGUUCAGUUUGCUGGAUUUAGUUAUCUGAGCUACUUGUGCAGGCUUCACAGUUCAUUUUAAGUAUAGGCUACAUCAGUUUAAUUUAAAAAGUUUUUAUUAUGUUGUAUUUACAGAGAAUGGAUUAUAA